AGAAACAAGAAAGAAAGUCAACUUGACAGAAAUACCAGAUUGAAGCCAUGCUUUCCACGCUACAGAAAUGCAUUAGACCAGUGCAAGCUGUCAGAGGACUGCAUAAGUCUGCGGUGGAAGUCUUGAAGCGUCCAGCUCCAGAGGACACAGUCACAGCCAGUUUUGGGAAGUUCAUCAGUGAAAUUAAGCCCCAGCAUUUAUCUCCUGUUGUGCUCCACCGCAGUAAAAGGAUGGUUCUGGACAGCAUUGGAGUCGGCCUCAUUGGAAGCACAACAGAGGUGUUUGAACUGGCCCUGCAGCACUGCCAGUACAUGUACGCCCCCGAUAACAUCAGCAGUGUGUAUGGGCACAGGGGCAUCAGGCUGUCUCCAACACUGGCAGCUUUUGUCAAUGGCAUUGCAACUCAUUCCAUGGACUUUGAUGACACAUGGCACCCUGCCACUCAUCCCUCAGGAGCCGUCCUUCCUUCUGUGCUAGCUCUCAGUGACAUGAUGCCAGCUAACAGUAAACCUAGUGGCCUGGACUUCUUGCUUGCAUUUAAUGUUGGCAUCGAGAUCCAGGGCCGUCUAAUGAGAUUCUCCAAUGAGGCCCACAACAUCCCCAAAAGGUUUCACCCUCCCAGUGUGGUUGGUACUAUGGGGAGCGCAGCAGCCUGUGCUCGCCUCUUGUCUCUGGAUCCCUCCCAGUGCAGUCAUGCCUUGGCUAUAGCUGCUUCUCUAGCUGGAGCCCCAAUGGCUAAUGCUGCCACCCAGUCUAAACCCCUUCAUAUUGGCAAUGCCGCACGUUUGGGGCUUGAAGCUGCACUGCUGGCCUCUAGAGGUUUGGAGGCCAGUCCUCUGGUUCUGGAUGCUGUUGCAGGGGUGGCAGGGUUUAAUGCUUUCUAUGAAGAUUAUGUGCCACAGUCUUUAGAAUCACCCAGUAAAGACGGCCAUACAUUCCUGCUUGAGGAGCAGGACAUGGGCUUCAAGCGCUUCCCUGCACAUCUGGGGAUGCACUGGGUGGCAGAUGCUGCAGCCUCAGUCCAUGAGCUUCUUGUGGGAGUCGGUCCUGGUAAAGUCCCCCCAGCUCAAGUCCAGGACAUCCUGCUCAGAGUCCCCCAGUCUAAAUACAUCAACAGACCCCUCCCUGAGUCUGAGCAUGAGGCACGCCACUCCUUCCAAUUUAAUGCUUGCAGCGCUCUCUUGGACGGUGAGGUGACCGUGCAGUCCUUCACCCCAGCUGCCAUGAGCCGCCCUGAGCUGCUCGCCCUGCUGAGUCGUGUCCGUCUGGAGCAUCCACACGACAAUCCUGCUAAUUUCAACCGCAUGUAUGGAGAAGUCCAGGUGACACUUGUUGGUGGAGACAUUAUUAAGGGGCGCUGUGACACAUUCUACGGUCACUGGCGCAACCCACUGACCAAUGAGAGCCUGAGGAAGAAGUUCAGAAACAAUGCAGAGGUGGUGCUUCCUUCAGAGAGGGUCGAGCAGCUGAUUGAGGUGGUGGAGGAGCUGGACCAACUUGGAGACUGCAGGGUACUUCUCUCACAUCUGCAGUGAAGAUCUGCAUAUAAUUGCAAACAAAACAAAUAUUAUUUUACAUGAGUACAAAAAUAUCACCCUAUGCAAAUUUUUACAAAUAUAUAUAUUUAAAAUUAUACGGUUGUACAGCUGCAGAUUAAACCCCACACUUCCAACAAUAAAAGAUAUUAUAAGAAAAGCAUGUUUAACUGUUUAUGUAAUUUACCAGAACCAAGACCAUGAUGGGCCAUGUUAAGAAAUAUUCAGUCAAUGUUCACUGGAAAAAAAAGACAUUUUACUGUUUUAGUUUAGCUGUUUAGAAAUUUACAUUGUGACCAAGAAAAUGGGACUGAACAUUGUAUAGGAGGACAAACUGAG